AUGGGAAGGGACAAAGCCGCGGCGGAGGAUGGUAUAACAGCCAGAAUCCUUCGCAUAGAUUUCCCAGCGAUAGCUGAAAUAGUGACCACUCUUUUCAAUGAGUGUUGGAGAACAGCUAGUUUCCCGAGCGGGCGGGUAGUGCCCUUACUGAAAAAUCGGGACAAGGAUAGAUCGGACCCAAAGUCAUACAGGCCUAUCAGCCUACUUCCGGUGCUGUCAAAGGCAUUGGAGUACCUGGUGUGCUUGCGUCUGAGGGAACAGAUCGAACCGAGGACGACCGAUCAACAGUUCGGAUUUACGGCGAGAAAAAUCACAAUGGAUGCAAUAUUGAAAAUGAGGGUAUGA